UAUGUGGACACUGGUCUACUAAGUGGUACCGAAAACAAUCCGGAUUCGCAUGCUCGAUAUCGUAUCGAACGGGGUCUGCCAUCACCGGGUUACGGUAGUUCAUUCCCCAAUCAGAAUCAAGUAUGGCGGGUGGUCAAUGUGGAUGAGUCGUUGAUUUACGGAGAGAACUGUGUGUUGGAUGUGAGACCAGGCAAGACGGAACAGUACUUCCGGGUACUGGCCCUGAACGAGGGAAAAAAUCGUCGUGUAUGGGUUGAUGCAUACAGAAUGUUGCGUAUUCCACCGCUGAGCGAAUUGCUCCCCACAACACCGACCACUGUCACUGUGCGUGCACAACCGACCACUGUUCCGAACGCGUCCAGUUCGGUAGAGCAUGUGAUCCAAUGGACACCGGCUGAACAGCACAAUUUGUUCGCUCCCCGUAGAGGAUCAGGAAACGAACAUGAAAGUAACUGGAGUGACCUACACUAUCGUGUGGAGGCUCGAACCACACUGAGCGAUAUGGCUCCAUGGCGUCAGGUGGCCGUUGCGGAACAUGAAACGCACACGGUGAUAGAUCAAAAACCGGAAGCUGGUAUGCAAUUGAUCUACCGAGUGACACCAAUCAAUAUAUUCGGAGAAGGACCUAGUGCGGUAUCUGCUCCGAUUCGAACACCCGUGAUGUUUGCCAACUUGGAGGGGACAGGUGUGGAUCUGACAAACACAAAGAAUCGAUCCGGUUCCUUGGUCGAUCACGCGGAUGGACCAGCGGCAAUUUCCCAGCUGGUAUGA